GGAGAGAGGAAUACAUUAUUCUCGAUAUCAAAAAUGUUUCAAGAUAGUCAGGUAUGGAUUUAUGAAUAUUACUGAACAGAGUUUUCCUGAUAAGAUGCACGAUUUUAAAUCGUGUCUUUCUAAUGUAAUUGACGCCAUUCGUUGGCCAAGUCUGUCUUGCAUGUGGUCUUGGCGACUUCAAAUGUGGAUGGUAAUGGUAUUGCUGGGCAAAAAACAAUUCUUGUGGUAAUAAAAACCGACCGUUCGUAAUAGACUUGUAAACAUAUUGGAGUGAAAAUUUCCUAAUCAAUUGCUGAACAUUACUCUAUGUUCGACUUUGAAACUUACAGCAGCUAGAGUAUUGUAAUUAUAAUCCGCUUGUAUAAAGUAUACUUGAAAAACCUGUUUUAAACUGGUUUAUGUCAUACCCGUCUUUAUUGCCACCUGAUUUAAGUGGUAAUUUUCAUUAAACAUUUAUGGCUUCUCCCUGUCCUCAAUUCGCUUUCUGACGUAUACAAACUGGUGGUCCAAACACAGGACAUUAUCCUGUUUGCUCUUAAGCCGAAGUCCCAAUAAUUUCUUUAAUAGCUGAAUAACAUUGCUUUUGUACUAAGAGUCGUCCGGUCUCGUCACUUUUUCGAACAAUUCUUCUCCAAUCGUUUUAUAAUUGACCUUGCUAUAAAUUGCACAUUAAUUAUUUAUGCUUUUCGGAGUUGUCUAUGCGACAUUAUUAUUUUGCCGUAUGUUGUGGUAACUGGUUUAUGAAAUAAAAAUAUGGCGAAGUCUUUUUAAACGUUAUCAAAAUGGAACUGCUAUUGAAGCUAGGAUACGGUUAACUUUGGCUUGACGAAAUCCUGACAAGAAUGGCAGAAAACGUGCAUCCAGUCUUUGUUCUAGUAUUUACAGUGUUUUGCUGUCAACAGUUAUCUUCAAAUGCCCAAGUGCCUCAAACGAGCUCCGAGGUGGCAACGUUACUGAAUUCAUUCUCGAAACCAUUAAACCUUACCCUAGGAAGAACAUUCUUAACAAAAGUUCAAAAUUCAGAAACUGGACUUUGUCUCAACCUUACUCACAACGAAACAAAGCAUAAAACCUCUGUCGUUGAUACAUCUCUCGUGUCUAUUCAUGUAAAACUCGUGAAUAAAACAAGUUUCAUGGAGAAGAAACUAAAUUUUCCCUGCCUGUCCUGUCCUAAUCUUACAAGCACCUCCCCCACAGCAAAAUUUGUGUUCAAAAAUGAAACCGCUACAUCUUGUUUGGCGGGAUCGAGAUUUGCAGAUGAUUUUCAAAUCGUGGAACAGAGUUCAUCCAGGCUAACAGACGUGUUGUCCUUGUCACUUUUUGAUAAGAACAUGCGUUUUGUUAAUCUAAGUGGAGAAGAGUCCGUUCAUUUGGAGAUGCCAUUAGUAAAGAUGCCAAAUACUUCUCGUUCGUUUAAAUUAUGGUGUGUUGGCCGUCCGUUCAACGCUAUGCAAUGGUCAACAUCAUUCUGUACGACCAACCAAACCUUGAUAUCGAAUAAUCAAACAAACAUUGUGAGAUGCAACUGCUCGAUGCUUGGGUAUUUCACUGUUUACGUUGAUUAUUCUAACAGUCAAAAUGGUUCAGGACCUUGGAAUAAUGGCGGUGGCAACUCCGGCGGAAAUUCUGGUUCUGAGAAUCCAGGUGGCAGUCCGCCUGCAAUCCCCGACCCAGAGGCACGACUCUCUCUGAGGUUGGACGCAGACUGCAGUAUUCUCUCCAACGAGACCACCAAAGCUAACUUCUUAAACUCAACCAAGUACAGCGUCGCACUUGCUUUAAAUAUAUCAACAGGCAAAAUUACUAACAUGAUCGCCUAUUGUGGUAGUAUCGUAGUCAACUUCACUCUUCUUUCUCCGGAUGGAACCAACAGCACGCUCAAUACUUCGCUUCUGAAGUUAGCAGAUUUGGUUAAAACAGAUUCUCUUAAGGUUCCUGUAGAAAACAGCAAUAUUUUGCCACUCACAUUGGGGAUUCAAGUCGACUUCAAUCUCACCAUUCCCACAAGUCUUGUAUCACAACAUUACAUCAGGAAAACAGCGACAACACCGACGAUAAAGACCACAAAGAUUCAGCCGUUGGUCAUCGAUUACACGCCAUUUAUGAUAUCUGUGGCAGUGAUCACUUUCUUGAUUGUCGCGUGCAUCUGUGGGACGUGUUGCGCCCAUUCCUGGUAUUUAACCAAAAAGAAAUACACAGAGUUUAACAGCGACAAGGUGAAACCAAAAGUUGAAAAACCAGUUGUUGUUGUAGAAGACGAGGAAGAAGCAGCUCCUCCUGAAUUCCCAAUGACUUUCACCGAACGUCCUAAAGUUAACGAACGUCAGAUGGCGAAAUACGACUGGGCGAGAACGUCUUUUGCGCAGGAACAAAUCGCCACGAGCGCUUUCGUCACUGACGCGGCAGCAAAGGGACCAAGAUUGAUUAUGGAUGAUUCCGACGAGGAGUCGGAUGGACAGCACCCCCCUGGAGAUGUAGCUAUUAAUAUGGAGGGGACUUCUGAAUCAUCUGAGAAUGAGGGGGGCACUGGAGAAAGUUCAUCUGAUGAAUACAACGACGAAGAGGAAUAUGAUCCAAGGAAUUAUGAAUGUGAGGAUGAUUUACAAGGGCAUGAAUCACGCGGUAGCCUCCCACGGGCUGAAGAAGAGAUUGGUCAGGAGAAAACGACAGAACAUUGUGAAAAUCAGGACGUACAAGAGGAUGGAGGAGGUGCGGAAGACGAAGAAAGAACUGGGAAAAAGAUGACAGAAGAUGACAGACAGGAUGAUGAAGAUGACAAACAGGAUGAUGAAGACAGUAGACAGGAUGAUGAUGAUGACAAACAGGAUGAUGAAGAUGACAAACAGGAUGAUAGCAACGAGAAUGAUAAUGAAAAUGAUGAUGUAGCACAAGAUGAUGACGCCACAAGUGAUAACAUGCAGGAUAAUAACGUCAAUGAUGACAAAGACAUUCAUGAUAACGAAGACGAUAGUGGGACAAUUGAGGACAACGAGGGUACUCCAGAAAGGUCACCAUCACGCAGUGACGGUGGUUCAUCUAGAAUGGGUGGAGUGGCGGCCACAAACGGAGGCUUGCCCGAACCUUCCAUGUGAGGAAUGAAAUCAAGCCU